AUGAUGCACUACGAAGAGGGCAUAUGUCGUGGUCAAGAGUGCCAUUGCGAAGGUGCGAUGAAUAAAUACCAUGUGUUUAACCAUUUGGCAAAUACUUUAAUGACGAGACAUCUGGUGUACCUGAUUAUUACUAUAUUUGAGCAAAAUGAUAAAAACGAUACCGAUGGGCUUAAGUUGACCAAACUGGCCUGGCUACCAUUUGAUAUAGAAAUGAAUAAGCAUGGUCUAAGCGCUACGAAUAUGGUAGAUGUCAUCGAGAAAAAUAUCAUUAACACGUUUGAGUCCAUUUUGACCAUGGUCAUUGACCUCUUGGUUGCGGGACCGGACAGGCGCGCAGUCCUCGUGCUUUACUUCAUGCAGAGGUAG